CUGUGAAUGCCGUGAUGAGCGAGGAGUGACGAGUGAUGAGUGUUACGACACGAUUUUUCCCUCCCAACUCCUAGUGACUCCCAGUUCUUAGUACCGCGAAGCAACGCAUCACGACGUAUUCGGCAAGAAAGUUUGGGAUUUUACGCGUUCCAUCUUAUUCGUAUUCUAUUCGCGUCUUGUUUCGUUCGCAGCCCGUGUUCAAGAACGGUUCAGUUGCUUCUAGCAUCGGAUGUGCCUGGAUAUGAACGCCAAGCGUGCUGCGCUCGGUACAGUGGAUCGACGAGUACGGCUCGAUCGGGAGUACGACGAGCGGACGUAGAAACGGCAACGGAGUCGUGCGAAGUUUUCGACGUUAUUGGUGAGGUGGUACCGAGUGGUGCUGUGAUCGCCGGUACAUACAAUGGUGUGCCAUCGAUUGUAGUGGAAUUUUCAAGGCGAAAUCUCAAGGAAACGUGUCUUUGUCUCUCAGAUCCGUGUUUUUGUCUCUCAGAUCCGACAGGAUGGCAACGGAAUUGGUGAAUAAAAAGGCGGAGCGGGACGCUCUCAGGGGAGUUAUACAGCAAUGGAAUGCCAAUCGCUUGGACCUGUUUGAACUUUCGGAGCCCAACGAAGACUUGGAGUUUCACGGCGUGAUGAGGUUUUAUUUCCAAGACAGCGGUCAAAAAGUCGCUACUAAAUGCAUCAGGGUUGCCUCGGACGCGACUAGCCAGGCAGUGAUAGAAACGCUUAUAGAAAAAUUUCGUCCCGACAUGAGAAUGCUGUCCGUCCCAGAAUAUGCUCUUUACGAGAUUCAUGAGAAUGGAGAGGAGCGUAAGCUUGAUUUAGAAGAAAAACCACUACUAGUUCAACUAAAUUGGCAUAUGGACGAUCGGGAGGGACGCUUCUUGCUGAAGAGGAUCGACGAUAAAACCAAUGCGCAAGGCGUCGGUUUUACUUCAGCCGAGGGUUCUAGCUUCCGAAGAAAAUUGAGCAAGCGGGAGAAAAAACAGAUUAAGAAGCAAGAGAAGCUCAGUCGAUUAAAGAGUUUAGAGCAGGAUGAGAAUGCGAUUCCUGGUGAUCAGAACGGUGUCGCUGAGAAGCUUUACACGGAAUUGCCUGAAACCAGUUUUACGAGAAGCAUCUCGAAUCCAGAAGCGGUGAUGAGACGACGUCGUCAACAGAAGCUUGAAAGAAGACUCCAACAAUUUCGUAGUAAGGACGGUGGUCCUGACACAGGCGGCACAUUGAAAAUUUAUGGUGAGGCGUUGUGCAAAGACGUGCCAUACAAAACGCUGCUAUUGAGUGUGCGAGAUUCCGCCGCUCAGGUUGUACGAGAAAUGCUUUCUAAAUAUGGUCUGGAAAAAGUGGACCCACAGUUAUAUUGCCUUGUGCAGGUUAAUAGUGAGAACGUGAGUGGCAAUGUGCAUCAGGAAUAUAUAUUGGACGACGAUGAGUGUCCUUUGGCGAUAUUAAUGAAUCAUCCUUCCACACGAGGUUCCAUUAUGUUUCACGUGAGAAGGAGGCCCGCAGAUUACAUGCCGCGGAAACGUAAAAAGAAACCAGCCGGAAAGUGGAAUGAGCUGGAUCAUAAGUAUGAGGAUGAGAGGCUACCAUUUUUGCUGGAGCUUAAUCCUGACAGCAGCGAUAUCCCGAAUGGCGCCGGAGUGCGACAUCGAUUACAACCGAAUGUCACGGAGGUAGGAUCAGAGAGACCGAUAGGACCACAAGCGGUGCAAGCGCAAACACUGACGCUGCCGGGACCGAUGGUGAUGCCCAGGCAUUGCGUUAUAGCUUUUACCGAGAACAUUGUGACUCUCACGCCAUGUUCCAGAGAUGCACAUACGUAUGUUAACAAUCAGAGGAUACAUCAGACGACCAUUCUACAGAAUGGAGCUAUCAUCAAAUUUGGCAGAAUGCACACUUUUCGAUUCAUUGAUCCGGCGCCGGAAGAGCGCAUUAGGCAGAGACACGAUUCCAACAAACAGAUCGACUACUCUUACGACCGACGCUCGCCGGACGCGACCAAUCAGGAUGUCAGCUCAGAGAAGUUUCAUCCGGGGUCUGGAACACCGAACGGCGGUGGUCAGAUCCCGGGUCAAGCUCAAGAGCGAGCAACCCCGUCAAGUCCCUCGAAGUCUGCUGUUGCAGCAGUUCGUAGUCCUCGUAGUCCCACACAUCCGCCGGAGCCCACACACAAUUAUGAGACCACAUUCGACCUGGAUGGAAACGUGGAGACCGCUAGUCUAAGCAGCAGCAGGGAUGGCAACAGCAGGCUCUCACAAUACGAUCGACAACCGCGAGGCACCGAUCCAAUUCUGCCAGCUGUCUUAGAAUUUCUCGAGGAAACAGAGGAGACAUUUCUUCACGCUGUCAUCACCGAUAUAGAACCCUCGGCACCACAGUUCAAGUUGGCGCCAACAUACACCCUCUAUCUCAGCGCCAGAUAUCGCGCCAGUACUCAUUACAGACCAGAAUUGCAGCCUACGGAAAGAGCGCACCGACUUACUGUCAUGUUGGCGAAUGUUGCUACUAUGAUACAACGCGUUAUUCAGGAACGUUACAUGGAUGCUUCGUCAUUGGCCUUUUGGCUAGCGAAUGGCUCGGAGCUAUUACAUAUGUUGAAGAGUGACCGGCAUGUGGGUGCAUUUUCCACGCGAGCGCAAGAUAUCUUGGCAGAAGCGGUACAUACAGCUUUCGGCUCGUUGGUGCGAUGCAUCACAUUAGAACUUACACCAGCAAUGACACAGUUCAUGGCGGACGCAGAUGAACCAGCGAAGGAGGCUGGAGUGCUGCAGAUUUUUUCAAACACGAUGGCCUUAUUACGACGAUGCCGUGUGAAUGCCGCAUUGACGAUACAAUUAUUUAGUCAUCUGUUUCACGCGAUCAAUGCCACAGCUUUCAAUACUCUUGUCUCAAAUGGAAAUCUGUGUGUCAGAUGGUUCGGACGCAGACUCAAAGCGAGACUGAACGCAUUAGAGACCUGGGCCGAAAGGCAAGGCCUGGAACUUGCCAGUCAAUGCCAUUUGGCGACGAUCAUGCAGGCGACUCAUCUAUUACAAGCUCCGAAAUAUAAUGCUGAAGAGCUGGCUACGCUAAGCUCGACUUGCUUUAAAUUAAAUUCUCUACAAGUGAGAGCAUUACUACAAAAAUAUCAACCGGCCGCGGACGAGCCUAGGCUACCUGCCGAAUUGAUCGAAAACGUAGUGAGAGUAGCAGAGAGUGUCGCAGAUACACUUGCGCGUGCAGAUGGCCGUGAAAUAAGACUAGAAGAGGAACCUGUCCUAGGGUUAGCAUUGUUACUUCCCGAGGAUGGCUACAGUUGCGAGGUAAUAAGAGGUGUUCCACCAGGAUUAGCGGAAUUUCUGGCACCUCUGCAACGAGACGGAUUAUGUCGAAUGGCAGCCCAACCUACUAGUAGUGGUUAUUGGACCAUUUACAUGAUAGAUCAUCACAACAAUUUGCGUAGUCCUAGCGCAAUGAGUAAUAGAUCUGGUGGCUAUAUCAGUCACUUAAAUCAAAACCAAGCUCAACCUGAGAUACAUGUUAUUAAAUUACACAAGAGUACCAACGGUAUGGGCUUAAGCAUCGUUGCAGCAAAGGGUGCAGGACAGGAUCGAUUAGGUAUCUACAUCAAAAGUGUUGUUGCUGGUGGUGCCGCAGAUGCUGACGGUAGAUUGACGGCAGGUGAUCAACUACUCAAGGUAGAUGGACAAAGUCUGGUCGGAAUAACACAGGAAAAAGCUGCUGAGUAUCUUGUACGUACCGGUCCGAUCGUGACAUUGGAAGUUGCGAAACAGGGCGCUAUAUAUCACGGACUUGCAACGUUAUUAUCUCAACCUUCUCCGGUGAUGUCAAGAGGUCCUCGUCGCAUGAGCGAGCGGGAUUUACCGUCGCGGCUUGGACACGAUGCCACUCUUCAGCAAAUCCAUAGCAGCAAGUCUGUACCGGCAUUGCAUAAUAUGGGUACCGAGGCUAAGCAACAGCAUGAAGUGUUCAAUCCCGGAUACAGCAGAGCUUCUUCCAGCAACAGCGUUACACCGCCUGUUCAACCACCUCCUAUGGCAACGAUUAACAGUGCAACUUCUUUACGUUCCAGAUCGAGUCAUAACUUGCAUGAGAAUCCCAUGAGAAUCGGAACUUUAUCCACUGGCUUGGUCAGCAGGCAGCAAUCGUCACCUAAUUUAAAUCCAAGUACGUCGCACAUGAAUACACCGUCGAAUGUACAAGGCACAGAAGCAGAGCGAUUUUAUCAGAAUUUGAGUAUUUAUCGAAACCAAGACUCGACGGUGAAGCAACAAAUCAGUCCACAACAGUCAGAAGAUAGAAAUCCUCAGCACAUCCAAAAGGGUUCAUUAAAGGGUUCACAGAACUCAUUGAAUCGUCCCUCUACUAUGGAAGUUGGCAGCCAUUUCCGAGACCGUCCGACAUCCGCUUACAUUACUCAAAGCCAACAGAGCUACUCGGCGGUCAGCAAUCAAAUGCAGCAACAAACUGGUGGUCCACCACCACGUUCUCAGUCUUCGCGCGACAUUAUCCGCCAGGAGGCGAAAAUGCAGGAGAUGCAGGAGGAAGUUCGUCGACGAGAAUUGCGUGGCGGCGUACCGCUACUUAAUCAACAUAAACCACCAAUGUACAAUAUCAGUACUCGAAUGGCGGUUCCUCCUGCUCAGCAAGUGUCGAACUUGCGUUUACCAAGGCCACUCGGUUCCACGUCGAAUCUAGGAACGACCUCCAAUUACAUGGCGAGACAAAACGCGCCUAGUUAUAAUUACCUAGAUGCCCAAUAUGCUCAAUAUAACAGCACGCAGUAUAGUCAAUACAAUCAUCCUAACCGAUAUCCGGUAAUCGUAAAUCAAUACGGACCGAUGAUGAUACCCAAAUCGAAAAACGAGAUGAUCGCGCGCGACCAUCAGUCGAUUCCUAAUGAAAAUCUACUCGGUAGAGACUCGAGCAGUCAAGAAGCAAAGUCAUACGCCGAACAGAACCGACAUUUCGCGAGUUCACAGAAUAAUCCACAUUAUCCGAAUGGUAAUCUAGAACACCGCGUCGAUCAAUAUGAGAAUGACAACGUCAAUCGUGCGCAAAAUGGAGAUGGCCACUCUACAGAAGUGCCGCCAACGAGACCGGCUUUGCCACCUGAGGAUACAUUUAGUAAUGAAAGUCCACCACCACCGCCGCCCAGCACUUCGACGCAUCCUCUAUAUAAGCAAGCCGAUAUGAGAUAUACCGCAAGCAUGCAGGAUCCACCACGAGGUAGUUAUUACCCUGUGGGAGGAAUCAGUGCCAUGCAGCAACCGCGUCAAUAUCAAUAUAGCGCGACGAAUCCUUGGCAACGCGAAGAAAGAGAGAAGGAACAAGCUCGUAGAAGAGAAGCCGCUCGUCAAUGGCGAGAUCAGCAGAUUGCUGAACUAAGCGCGCUGACACAUCGAACUCAGCAGCAGGAGGAGCAACUGCGAGCUCUUCAACUGGAAAGAGAUUUUCAGAAGCGUGCGGAAGAGAUUGCCAAUCAAGACGAUGAUGAGGAGAGCAAUGAUUUAGACAACGAGAGUGUGCAACGCGUUCAGGGCUUGCUAAGAAUGGCAGCCAGUCAAGACAGAGCAGUCCAAGGAGUUCUGCAGCCAUCGACUUUAUCGAGAACAAUUACAGGCAAUCAGUCUAUGAGAGGUGGUUUACCUCUCCUGAGCAACCAAUCUGUCACCAGCAGUCACGUUCACAUUCUGCCCAAUCAAACAGCACCUCAAAAUGUCGAAAUGAGCAGUCCUGGUCAAGAAAAUAAUGAUUUGCAUGUACAAUCAAAUCAGCAGCAACAACAAACGGCGAGUCAGAAUGAAGAGCAUAUAUCGUCAGCUAAUUAUGGCACACACAGCCAUUUCAGUUCUGGUCAGAAGUCUUAUUCCAUGGGUAUGUCGCACUCUGUAGAAGAUAGGGAAUUGCAAUGGAAAAUAGAUGAAGUGAAGCGGAAACAGGUUGGAUAUGAGGAGAACCAGAAAAAACAAGAAGAACAGCAGCAGCAAACAUAUCAAUCGAAUCAACAUCCGCGGAGCCAGCUACACCCUGGCAUGUUGCGCUUAGACAAUUUGAUUAUUAAUGGUCCUAACAUAUCUACAUCUUCGCAAAACAAUGUAAACGAUGCACCCCCACCACCAGAACGAGGUUCUAGUUACGCCAUUAUGUCACAGCAGAGUGCUCUCAGAUCAAACGGCUCGACCACAUCUAAUCUACCUCACACUUCUCAACAGUCAGCAUCUAUAAAAAGAGUUUCUUUUCAUGAUUCGAAUACAAACAAUGAGUCCAUGCUGCGCAAUGUAUCAUCUGGAAUGUCAAAUCCGCCGUCAAUCUCAAUGGAUACCAUUAGAGAAGAUCCCAACAAGCUUUGUUCCAGUGAUUAUAGCAGUAGAAAGUAAAAAUUAAGAAGAAGUUAGCCGGGAUUUCGUAAUCAAUCAGAGAAAUCGGGGAGAAGGCAUAAAGAAAAUCGACUUUGGAAAUUAUGGAUCGAAUUUCAUCCAGUCAUAAUCUGGAUCGAUCACGUAGACCUUGUCGGAAAGGAUAGAAAUUGAAAAAACUGAGAAAAUAAGAUAUGUAAGGAGUUAGGAUUGCCUCAAUGAUAUUGUAAUAUUUAGAAUGGGGAGAAGGAACCUCAAGGAAUUCAAUUAAAGAGGAAGAAUAUGUGGGAGAGAGGGAAUUCAGGAGACAAGGAGAUUCAAACGUUAAAGACUGAAAAAUAGAAUAUAUUCUUUCGAUUAAAACUAAAGCUGGAUUGAUCUGAAGAAAAGAGAAGACGAGAAGAUCUAAAGAGACAGAGAAGGAGCUCAUUCGAGGGUUGAAGGAAGGGGGCUACUCGGUGAAGAACUAAUGGGGAACAUAGAGAGAAGCAGAGAAAGAAGGAGGAUAAUAAUUAAGAAAAUAAUCGUAUAUUUCUACAUUUGGUUAACUAGAUUUAUCUUUGAUCUGUUUUCUCUCUCUCUCUCUCUCUCUCUCCCUCCCUCUUCUCCCUCCCUCAAUCUACGCAUACAGAGAUAAUUGAAUGCCUAAUCAGGUAUAUAAUCCAUGCUAGACGAGAUGAACGCCCUUAUAUCUCGCCCUUCUUUGAAAAACUGGCUCAAGAUCAUAGGUUAUCUUAUUUACUCUCUAUUAUCAUAAAUGAAAAUAUUCAAUGCUGUAUUCUAUAAAUUCGAACAUAGAGGCGACAUCACACUUCGUAUGAAAUUAAAACUUCCAACAGCCAUUAUGUCGAACGGAAUUUUUAAGCGAUCCUUUGCACAGCAGUUUGGAAUUUUUUGCCUGCGAUGCGCUCUCUCUUGAUACAUUCUUGAAAUGCUCACCGUUUGAAAACUAUUGAUGCCUUAAGAUUUUGCUAUUAACAUUUUCGAUUUACUUUUUCAUGAGGAAUAUGUACGUGCCGGCUCCUACGCU